AGCAGCAGCAGCAGCAGUCGCAACACCAGCAGCAGCACCAGCAGCAAGUGCAAGGCGGAGUCACUCACGCCACACCUGCUGCAGAAGUGCCUCGGAAUCCCUGCGGAGCUCUUGAGAUUGGAUGCCUCGGAAUGCUACCGCCUGAUCAGCAGCAACGGCAGCAGUCCCAGCAGUGCAAAGCGGCCAUGCAGCCACACAGCGUCUCCCGGUCGUAUGUACACCGCAGGAUGCCCUCCGCUGCCUUUCUCGCGUCCCCUGCACUUUGUCGCUGUCCCGCUGGACUGCCCCCACGCAGCACGCGUGGGGUGUCUCUGCACCCCUGCAGCAGCAGCGGCUCUUCUUUCGAAUGUGUCGGGGCAUGCAUGCGCCUCGACAGCGGCUGUAACAGUGCCAAGUGGCCCCCCGAACGGCAGCGGCAAAGGCGGCGCAAGCACCUACCGGUGUGCUGAAUGCGGUGGAUGGCUGUAUGAACGCUUCUACCCUUGCUACUAUCCGGUGAAUGCAAAUUGCAUCGGCUUCGGUGCGCCUGAGGACGUCGGAGCCUUUCUAGCCUCUGUUGCAGGUUCUGGUGUUGUUGCAUCUCGCAUAGGGGUCGACCGCAAGCCUUCCUCUACUAGGGGAGACUUCGUGGAGGCUCCUGUGCCCCUCAGGGGAAAGCCGCAUGUGCACGGAGCCCUCAUGGUAUCGCCUUCCUUCGCCUAUGCGGCAGACGUUGCGCUUGCGCCAUACAUAGCUCUCAAGGAUGCGGGCUGCCGGAUCCAAGUACUGCUAGAAUGCUUGGUGCACCCCUUAGGAUUUUCUCCCUGGCCGCGGUGUAUGUACACCUCAGAGCAGCACGACAGGGACCUCAUAGAUGGCAGUCGGAUGGCGUCCUCGGCUGCUGCAACGGCAGCAAGGGCAGCAGCAGCCGCCUUCUUUAGCCGCGCUGACGAGCUCACAACCCGUGGCAUCUGCCCUUCACCGGUGAUUGCUGCAACAGUCCAACAGCCGAUGCAGCAAAGGCAGCAGCAAAGGCACAAGUGGAAAGAUGUAGUGCCCCCCAGUCGUGCAAGUCACUUCUUGGAAUGGCGCGUAACUGACACCGCAGCGCUCGUACCGUGUCGGUUGCUGCUUUCUGUCAUCCGACAAGAAAGCAUCAACAGCAGCAACAACAAGGGGGGGGGCAACAAUACUCGCAACGUAGCGGAUGCUCUGCAGGCGGACUUGCACCAGCUGCUGCUGCCGCUGCUGCCAGCGAUGCCAGAUCUCACCUCCUUUAGAGUCACCCCUAAAACAGAGCGAACAACCCCGAGCGAAGCAGCCGCUGCAACAACAACGGCACCAACAGCGAAUACUGCCGAGAGGGCAACAGCUGUUGCUUCUGUACUCUUGCAAGAAGCGAGGCACCCUGCAACGAAGAAUGAGCUGCAGCAGCAGCUUCAGCAGCAGGAAAGGCAGCAGCAGCAGCAACCCGAUCCUAUUCGGGUUGAAUACAAGUCAACACGUGCGCAGGAGCAGCAAGAGGGGCAGCAGCAGCAGCAACAGCAAGAGGGGCAGCAGCAGCAGCAACAGCAAGAGCAGCAAGAGACGCAACACAUGCAUAUACGCGUUAAGUCUGAAGCUCCCGACGUGUUCGAGCACUGCAAAGCGAAGGUUUGUGUUCCCGCCAACGCGGCCGAUGAGAAUUUCCCUUCAUCCCCAAACACACAAAUUAGCAGCACUCUGAACAGAGCUGCUGCCGCCGGUGAGGCAAGCAGCAGCAGUCGGGAAAUGCUCACCGCACGCCAAAUGAACAACAGCAGCGGGCUAUUAUGCAAGGCCCCUGUUUCAGCUGACAUUGAGGAGAAGCAGACAAACGAGCUACAGCCAGAAGCACGUGCGCGGGAAGAUACGAAACAGCACGAGCAUCAGAAAGAGGAGCAGCAUAAAAAGCAAGAACAUCGCGGAUCGCUGCUUCUGGGGUUGAGUGACGAUGAGGAAGAGGACACAACGGCUCUCCUCAAAAAGCUUCAAAUGCCACGUCAAGAGCUGCGACAAAGGCAACAGGUAGAGCACGCGCAGCGUCAGCAGGAAAAGCACGAGCAUGAGAAGCGCCUGCAGAAAACGCAGAAGCAGGAGGAGCUUCUCAAUGACUUAGACGCGCAGAUCAAACAGAAAGAGGAGCGGCUGCGUGCCUUGCAGCGGGAGCUUGAGAGACGCGAGGAGCAACUGCAACUGCAGCUGCAGCAGAAGCCGAAGCAGCACCCGCGGCAAUCCAUUACGCAACAAAAGGAUGCGGCCUUCCAGAAGCGGCAGAGAAGACCUCUUCCCAGUAGCAGCGGCAGCGCUUCGGAUAGGAGUGAUGCUGUCAGUACCGACACACGAAAGCGUCUCAAGGCAAGUUCUCAGAAAACGCGGCAGCUUCGCUGCAGCAGCUCUUCCAGCAGAGACAGCAGCACCGACUCUACUGGCAACAACAGGUCUCGUCGCAAGAGCACCAGCACUUCCAGAAAGGACAGGCAGCAGGUGAACGAGGAGGAGGUUGCUUACAUUACGUUUCUGAGCUGCGGCGUUUCCGCAGCCGACACAAAACGCCUUGACGCGAAGCUGCAGGAGCUUUCAGCGUAG